GCCACCAUUCCCUCCAUUUGUGCCGGAAAAGAGAUCUGAUCUGAUCUGGGGUUUGUGAGAAGCUUCCUUUGCUUCUUCCCCCACCGCCUACGUCUCUCUUCUCAAUUAUAUAUAUAUAUAAAUUCCCCCCUCAGCUCCCAUCAGAACAUAUAUACACACAUCAACAACCAAAAACUCAAUUUCUCCUCAGCUCUCCUUUAUUUGCUUCCAAUAAUUUCCAUCUCUUUAUUAUAUAUACGAGAUCGAAUUGGAUUGAAAAAGUGAGAACGAAGCUAAUAUAGCCAUGGCUUCCAUCAGCUCAGAGAACCGUAUCCCCAUCAAGAAGCUGCCCAUCGCUGCUACUCCAGUUCUCUUUGGGGUCAUUUUGCUCUACAUAAUCAUGGAAUGGGGGAGAAAGGUUUUCAAUGUAUUAACAUCUCAGUUUUCCAAUUACACUAACACUAGCCAUCACCAAAAAGCUAUAGAUUAUUCGGGGUUGUAUCAAAAGCUAAAGCUGCCCAGUUUCAGAGAGGAGACUGAAAUUAGCAUUGGCAGGGAUGAGGUGGAGACGGUUCUUGCAAAACUGGGUCUGGAGAUUUCUUCCCACCCUGAACCGGGUAGAGAGAAGAGGUUGAGCUCCAAGGACUUUUCCGGGCUAUUUGGUGGCGGUGAGGAAGAAGAGGGUAGUGGUUUUGAAGUGGAUGAGGUGAAAGGUGCUUUCGAUGUUUUCGACGAAAACAAUGAUGGGUUUAUUGAGGAGAAAGAAUUGCAGAGAGUCCUGUGCGCGCUGGGAUUGAAGGAAGGCUUUGAGUUGGAGAAUUGCAGGAAUAUGAUGAGGAUGUUCGACCAAGACGGAGAUGGGAAGAUUGAUUUCCAUGAAUUUUGUGCUCUUUUUUAGAUAUAUCUCUAUAUUGUACGUUGCAUGGUUCUAUUCUUAUUUUAGAGAUCGAUAUGAUGAUCCCCAAUUCAAUUAUAUAUGUAUAUAUCAACAUUUUUUAAUUCACUUCCCAUCCUUGUAAACUUCUUUUUCA